GGCAGCUUAACGUCAGUUACAAUAGCCACAGGGGGAGGGGGCAGGAGCCUAGCUCUCCUGGAGUAGUCUGGGCACUCUGAAGGCGCAGCCUUUUUGUCCCUGCAGGCUGGCCGUAGCUUGUCAGAGCCGCGAUUGGUCGGGCGGAGGCGCGCGCUCCGAGGCCGCUCCUGAGCGGGCCGCGCGCGCUCUGGGCGGGAGGCGGAGGCGCGGCCGCGGCUGGCUUUGGCCCGAGGAGCUUAGAGGAUUGCUAAAAUGAGUCUACGGAAGCAAACUCCCAGUGAUUUCCUAAAGCAGAUCAUAGGAAGACCUGUUGUAGUAAAGUUAAAUUCAGGAGUUGAUUAUAGAGGUGUCCUGGCUUGCCUGGAUGGCUACAUGAAUAUAGCUCUGGAACAAACAGAAGAAUAUGUAAAUGGACAACUAAAGAAUAAGUAUGGGGAUGCAUUUAUUCGUGGAAAUAAUGUGUUAUAUAUAAGUACACAGAAGAGAAGAAUGUGAAGAUACCAGGAAAUGAAUAAUUUUUUGUAUUUUCAUUUUUAAAAAUUUACAAAUUUUGUUCCUAUUUUUGUUAUGUAAAUUUUCCUAUUUUCAUUAUAGCUUAUGCACUGAUGUGGGGGGAGAAAGUAGCACUAUUAUAAACAUAUAUAAAAUAAUGGUCUCAUUUGUACAGUCUUCUUUCACCCUUUCAGUUUUGGUAACUUUCUUAUGACUAUCAGUGAUAUGAAUAAAAAAAAAUAAAAGGUAA